UUUUUUCCCCCUCACCGUUAUCAAACUUUGGUUGGCGUCGGGUCAAAGAGAAUUUGUCAAACGUAAUAUGUUGGCCACGGAGUGCUAUAAGCUAAGCUAGCCGAGUAGCUCGUCAACGCCGCUCGUUUGGUUCCAGCUCGUUUGCCUGCUUGGCGAUAACAACGUGGCCACAGGUGUCCUCUGGUUAAACCUACAAACUUUGCAAUUUGUGUGGCAAGUGACAUCUAUCGCUCGCAAAUGACUGAUUCGUUGUGUCACUCGCUAGCUAGGAGUCGGAAUGGCAGGAACCGGCGAGGGAAAGAAGGAAGAGGCCGACUACAAGAGACUACACAGCUUUCCACUCAUCAGGCACACGGACAUGCCCGAGGAAAUGAGAGUGGAGACGAUGGAGCUGUGUGUGACCGCCUGUGAAAAGUUUGCCACCAACAAUGAGAGUGCCGCCAAGAUGAUCAAGGAGUCCAUGGACAAGAAGUUUGGCAGCUCGUGGCACGUGGUGAUCGGUGAGGGCUUCGGAUUCGAGGUCACGCACGAAGUGAAGAACCUGCUGUACAUGUUCUUUGGCGGGAGUCUGGCGGUGUGCGUGUGGAAGUGCUCCUAGCACGACCACAUGCAGACACACAAUUGCCCCCCCCCCCAAUCCCACGUCCCACUAUCUGCUCGCGAAUUCAGUGAACGAAAACCAGGUACCAGUUGGACUCUGGCUACCAAAAGUCGCUUGUGGAGAAGAACUGUGACGUUCAGUCUUUAUUUGCAGACACCUGAACAGCUUCCUGCCUUAUCACAUAUUUCUUUUUAUUUUCGAGCAGUUUCCAUCACGUCAAACUCACUUUUUGAAACUAUAACUCAUCCGGCCAGGGUCUCCAAACACCUUUGUCCUCUUUCCUCUGCAGGGAGCGUCUGCUGUAGAAGUGUUUUGUGUGUGCUGGACACACACGCACUGGUCUGUAUUUGAUUUUUUUUUUUUUUUUUUUUUUUUUUUUU